AUGCGGGAAGACCCCCCUGUCCCUCCCCCUCCCACCUCUCGCCCCCCUCCUCCCCCUGCCCCCACCAUCUCCAACUCCACCACUCCCCCUGCCAUCCCCCCUCCUCCCUCUUUCCAUGCGUUGGAUGAUGAGAUCCGUAAGCUACUGGUGCUAGCAGGACUGACCCAGGCUGAGCUCCUCAAACUCAGCCCAGAGCUGGGGGUUUGUGUGGGGGGACUGGAGGAGGAGGGAGAGGGAGAGACCCACCACACCUCCAGGCCUGGACAGACACAAGAUCUAGGGAUGAGGAGAAAAGAGAAGAGGGCUAAGGAGCAGUAUGAUAUAGAUGGGUUGGCUGUGGAUGGCUGGAGAGAUGGAGGAGGGAGGUCAGGGCUGGAGAGGGAUAGAGAGACUGAUAUAUGUGGAGGAGUAAAGGAGGAUGAGGGAGAGAAAGAGGAGAGCAGAGAUGUGUUUAGAACCACGUCUUUCACUGACAUGGYGAGAAGGAGGAAGAGAAACAGUGGGUUUGGGGCUAACGUUAGCCUAGCAUCUGACUCCUACUACAGCACUGGCAAUACCAACACCUCUAACAAUGUUCACUUCCAGACUUUCAAAUAUUCCCCUGUGCUCUCCGAAACCCCUCCCCCUCCUCCCCCGCGUCCCUUACCCCCUGUCCCCCCUACCCUGCCCCCCCUCAAAGUUCUCGCCAACUCUUUACGCCCUGAGCGAUUUGAUUGGCUCAUGGCUUUCUCCCCCGAUGGUGAAACCCUGACCCUACCCCCGCCCUUGGAAGUUAGAAAAUCCAAUGAGGAAACCCUGAAGAAAUCUACUUCCGGGUCAACGUCGUCAUCUGGGUCAACGUCAGGGUCGGGUUCAAAAGUGAUGACCUUCAAGGAACUGCGUAACCGUAGCAAACACAGCUCCCCGGCCUACCAACUAAUAACUGAACCGGAUCCUGAUCCCACAGUCGUAACCCCUGACCCUGACUUCCUCUACAACCUCAAGUGGAGAAGGGAAAAGACGGACAGCGACGGAAUCCAAUGGGAGUACACCUCCCAGGCCCAGGCCACCUUCCUGCAACCAYCUCCCCUCACCUCAUUGGCUGCUUUUAGGGAAAUGUUCCAGAAAGCAGAGGAUGCGAUUGGACAACCWGAGUUAUGUCCCUYGCAGCAGAUUGGGUGCUCAGCCAGUGAAGGGAACCUGUGGAGGAUGGAUGGACAGAGAAAAGAGGAGGGAGAAAAGAGGAAAGAAGAGGUAGAGGAAGAAGAGGUAGAGGAAGAAGAGGUGCAGGUGAGAGGAACAGCUGAUGGAGGAAGAACCUGGGAGUCAAGAACUACAGCGGUUCGUAGCGUCUCAUUCGCCGGCUCUGUACAGAGAGGCGGGACUUCCUGGAUGGGCGAUGACRUGAAGGCCCCUCUGAGAGGCCUAGGGCUGUCCUCUCUGUGCCUGCUGGAAAAAAGAGCUCUGGUCAGUGCAGUCAGUGUGGCAGUGGAGGCCAUUUUGGCUCAGUUCAGCUCCUCACGGACCCUGGUGCAGAAGGUCAGUUUCCACUGUCUCUGCGUUUAACACCAUGUUUAACACCAUUUUUAACACUGUCUCUUUAGUAACAUGGUAUACACACCACAUUAUGUGAGAUGGAAAAUGGGCUUGAGUUUUUAUUCAUUAUGUCUGUACUUUAAUGAUGUA